AUGCCACCCCCAAAUCUCCGACCGUGCAAAGUCCUCAUCGCCGGGGGCGGCAUCAGCGGGCUCACCCUGGCGCUCUCGCUGGAGAAGCACGGCGUCGACUACCUGCUCCUCGAGGCAUACCCGGAUCUGGCCCCGCGACGCGGCGGCGGCAUCGCCGUGAUGCCGAACGGCGCGCGCAUUCUGGACCAACUGGGCUGUUUCGAGGACCUCUAUCAGCGGGCAGGGGGCAGUGCGGUGUCGCGGCUAUAUCUUCGCGGGCCCGACGGCCAAGUCCUGGCUAUCGUCGAUCACACGGACAAGGAUUUGACAGAGAGGCGAACCUACGAUCAUCUAAUGCACUACUCGCACAGACACGGCUACCCAAACAUCUGGGUCGACCGCCACCACCUCCUCCGCACGCUGCACGACCACAUCACCGACAAAUCCCGACUCCUGCCGAACAAACGCAUCACGACCGUGCACCACCUCCCCGACGGCGUCGAAGUCACCACCGCCGACGGCAGCACGUACCGAGGGGAGAUCCUCGUCGGCGCGGACGGGACCCACUCGACCGUGCGGCAGGCGAUCGUCGCGCGGGCCACCGCGCUCGGUCUGGGGAAGGAGUACUCCGAAGAAGAGCAAAUCCCCUCCACCUACGACUGCAUCUUCGGCCUCUCGCCGUACCACCCGGGUCUCGCGGAGGCAGGAGAAGAGAGCACCCUCCAAUUCAUCCUGGGCGACCACCAGUCCUACAUCGUGGGCACCUCCGGCCCCGCCAACCGCUCCUGGUGGUUCUUGGUCAUGAACCGGGGCGCCAUCCACCACGGGGCGGAGAUCCCGACGUACGAUGCCGCAGAUAAGGCGCGGGUGCUCCGCGCGCAUGCAAGCGAUCAAAUCACUCCGACUGUGACGUUGGCGGAUCUGAUGAGUGCUGGGCCGGUGGAGACGGUGUACACGCCCCUGCGGGAGUGGGUGUAUUCGCGAUGGCAUCUGGGGAGGAUGGGGGUGGUUGGGGAUGCGGCGCAUAAGAUGACGACGGUGCUCGCGCAAGGCGGCAAUCAAGCUAUUGAAAGCGCAGCCGCGAUGACGAAUAGUCUGCUGAAGGUGCUGGCGAAUGGGCGUGUGGGGAGCUUGACGGACGGCGAGAUUGAGGCGAUGUUCGAGGAGGUGCAGGUAUUACGUGCCCCACGAGCCAGGGACAUGAUGGAGGCGUCUGGCAAGAAGCAGCGCGCGGAUGCGAUGGAGACGCCGGAGCUGAAGCAUUUCUCGAUGCACGUGUUCCCCAAGAUCAUUGGGCCGGGCACGUUUCGCCGGUGGAAAGAGUAUUUGGUCGGGGCGGUGUCGUUGCGCGGGUUGCCGGUCCCGCAUCGGAAGAGGGUGGUGCCUUUUGAUGACGAGGUUGAGCGUGCGACUGAGGGGGUGGGGAGGGUGGUGGCUAAGUUGUAG